AAGAGUCGAUAUACUGUUAUACGCCCAACAAUUUCACCCGUGACCAGGCGUUAUACGCCAGAGGAUACUGCUGGACCGAGCUGAGAGAUGCUGUGCCGGGUGUGGAGCCGAGUCAGCGGCCAUCCCUGUUUGAGCACAAGUUCCUCCCAUACGCGCUGCUCGCCUUCGCCGGUAUCAUGUAUAUCCCAGCCCUGGGCUGGGAGUUCCUGGCCUCCACCAGACUGACCUCGGAGCUCAACUUCCUGCUUCAGGAGAUAGACAACUGCUACCACCGCGCCGCGGAGGGGAGGGCUCCCAAAAUCGAGAAGCAGAUCCAAUCGAAAGGGGCGGGCAUCACGGAGAAGGAGAAAAGGGAGAUCAUUGAGAACGCGGAGAAGGAGAAAAGCCCGGAGCAGAACCUGUUCGAGAAAUACCUGGAGCGGCGAGGCCAGAGUAACUUCUUGGCCAGGCUCUACCUGUCGCGGCAGCUGUCGGUGGUGUUCCUCAGUAUCAUCCCAAUCAGUUACCUGUGCACGUACUACGCCAACCAGAAACAGAACGAAUUCACUUGCCCUUUGGGAGAGCCCCCUGACCUGUCCAGCAGUGAGGCACUCCAUGUCCAUGUCAAUUGCAAGCUGCCUUCGGUGCAAAUGCAGCGCAUCAUCGCCAUCGUGGACAUUGUGCUGCUGUGCUUCAUCAACCUGAUCAUUCUGAUCAACCUCAUCCACCUUUUCAUCGUCAGGAAGUCCAACUUCAUCUUCGACAAGCUUCACAAGGUCGGCAUCAAGACAAAGAAGCAGUGGCAGAAGUCGCAAUUCUGCGACAUCAACAUCCUCGCCCUGUUCUGCAACGAAAACCGCGACCACAUCAAGUCGCUGAACCGUUUGGACUUCAUCACCAACGAGAGUGACCUGAUGUACGACAACGUGGUGCGCCAGCUGCUGGCCGCUCUGGCCCAAUCCAACCACGAUGUCACUCCCACCAUGCGCGAUGCCGGCAUCCAAACCAUUGACCCCAGUGUGGACCCCGCAGACAUCGACAGCAACGAGCAGCUCAUCAUAAAGAGGCCCCGGAAGAAAAUGAAAUGGAUCCCAACCACCAACCCACUGCACCAGCCUUUCAGAGAGCCCUCCAGUGCCUUCAAGUUGGAAAACAACAAGGGGGAGAAACCCAAACCCGCAAGGCGAAAAACAGCGACGGACGGUCUCGCCGCUCCUCUCCUGGACUCGACUUCGAAAUAUUUUCAAGAUUCAUCUUCCAGUAAAAGCGAAGGGAACACAACUAUUAAUAGUGAGAAAAAGCACAGUCGGCACUUGUCUUUGGAUGUUCAUCCGUGCAUUGUGACCAGCAAAAAGACCAGGCCACAUCAGGAAACUUGCACUUCGAAGAGUCAGGAUGGGAACUUCUUACACUCAGAGGAGAACAUGUUGACACAUGUACCAUCUCCUAUCAAAGGUGAAGUGUGA